AUGGUUAUAGUUGAAGAGUCACUGACUGUUCCUGACCAAUAUGAUGGACGCAGUGAGAGGACAACAUUUGAACAUUUAGUAAGUGUUCUUGUCACUGAUGCGAGGAGUAAAGAUUUUGACAAGAGAUUGUCUAAGGUUGAGGUUGAAUUGUCUGAAUUUCGGUCGGACCAUGAAGCAUUGUCUGCCAAGUUCACAGUUGAAGUAACUGAAAUUAAAAAUAUGCUGAAAACACUUUCUGAAAAG